AUGGACACUGCCAUUCAUUUAACAAUAUUGAACCAAUUCUUCGGGAAAAAGUUGGAGAGAAGCAGGUCAUUACCAAUUAAACUUACAGAUUUGAAGGAGACUCACGAAUAUCCUAGAUGUAAUAGAUUUUAUCCGUUGGAAAGCUUUCCACACUUUCAGUAUGUGUACAGUUUGGCAUAUGACUGCUAUUGUCGGCUCAAGGAAGCCGAUGUUCUCGGUCCAGAUGAAUUGGCUGCCUGUUCCUUGAAACAAGAACCAGAAGUUGUCAUCAAAAUAGGUUUUAUUGGCAACCUUAUGGAAGAAAGCUUAAAAUGUGUGUCUAAAGUUAAAGGAAAUGAAGAAGAAAAUGGUAAAACUGUUUGGCCGAUAUCUCCACUUAUUUGUUUUCAAAAGGAUGUAAAGAUUAGUGAUCUGAAAGCAUGCCACAAACUAUUUGUGAAUAAGGAUGAAGACGAAAUAGAGAUAGUAAUGGAUUCUCAUAUCCAUGUGGUUGAGUAUGAUGAAGAAAAAUUACGCAAAGCAAUCUCCAUUUGCAUAGAGAAAGGACUUGUCGAUUACUUAGAGAGAUCAAUGAAUGUGAUUAAAAAUUCAGAACAUGGUUCACGGGAAGAUCUGAGAGACUUUUAUCUGGAAAUGAAAUCUAUUAUUAAACAUGUUUUGGUUGAAAAAAGUACACAACAACAUGCAAGUAUGCCUACAGGAAUUGAUUAUGGUAGUAUACCAUCAGAAAUAAAAGAUCUGCUUUUAAGAGAACCCAACGUCAAUUCGUUCGGCAUUUGGGAAGAUGCGACCUUUAAGAUAUUCAUGGAUGAAACUGUCGAUGUUGCUAUCCUGAUAGAAAAACUAAAAAGCAAAAAUGAGAGGUUUUUUAAAAGAUUUGAAGUACAAGUUGAGAAAAAGAAAUUUACUACGAAGAUUGCAACACAAUUAAAACAAGGUGGGGAGCUACACAAACACACCGCUUCGGAGAAGGGGGUUGAAUGCGGUACUUUAGGUGGAUUCGUAAAAGACACUACAACCGCUGGAAACUGUAGUGAUGCAUAUGCUUUGACAUGCAACCAUCUAUAUCCAACGCUGAAUGAGCCAGCUUAUGCAAAUAUAGAUGGAGAGGAAAAGGAAGUGGGAAAAUGCAUUUUUACCACCCGUGAAAAAUCUUGUGAUUUUGCAGUUGUCGAAAUCAGUAAAGAAUUUUAUGAUAAAUGCGAUUUCAAAUUUAGACGGGAUGAUGAGAAAACAUGCAACGCAGAAGUUUCGGAAUUUUUUCCAAUAAAUGUUGGAAUUGUACAUAAAAACGGUUCAAAAACAAAAUGGACGCAUGGCCGUGUAGUUAGUCUUGCAUUCUAUGAUAAACUUAAUCAAAGAGAAAUUUUUGUUGUCAAAGGCUUAGGUCGUCCAUUCUCUACUCCUGGUGACAGUGGAUCGAUUGUUUUUGCAAGAGACAAUUCAGUGUCCCAAAAUGCUGUUGAUAUUUUGGGAAUGGUCUAUUCAAAUCAUCCUGAAAUCCGUGAUGAUAUAAGCCACCCAGAGAAGGAAAAACUAGAUGAAGCUUCAGGAUAUUCGGAAACAAAUCUUAAAAAGGGAGAUAAGAGUUAUUCUACAGCCGUGGGCAAAACUAGAGGCGACCAGUUACGAGAAAAAAUUAUGAAGAAUCCGGAAAACUACAGCUUUUGUUUUCGAAUGAACAACGCUUUUGAGCUUUUGAAAAAAGAGAAAAACUUAGUUGUUAGUUUUGAAAGAGUAGAAAAUACAGAUAAGAGGGAUGAAGAUUGCUUUGCAAAUUUAACAAAAAGCACCAAUCUUUAAGCUAUUUAUACUCUUUAUUUACAUUAUCUUUUCACAAAAUAUUACUCCUAAUAACACAAAC